CGUGCCUGUCAAACCCCGUGCCCUCGCGCAGCCGCGAUCAACACAACCCGUGGGCCACCGAGGAAGUAGCAAGAAGCCGAACGCUGCGGCUAACGCCGUGCUUUCUUUUUUCAAAUUAAGACUACCGAAGGCUUCGUUCGUCUUCGUCCACAAAAGCAGCGGGCUGCACUUGUCGGGGUUUCAGUUACACGGGAACAAUGUAGCCGUUGCUCGCUAACCUCUAAGCUAGCAGGCUAACAAUCAGCUGUUGUUUUGGUCGGAGAGCUAGCCGGCUAACGAGUCGAGCCGUGGAGCGGAGCGGUACAAACCAGAUACAUUCUCCUCAUUAACUCGGUUAAUGGCGACACAUAAAGGCGGACCGACCUGACAGAGUAACCGGCGGCCGGUCAGCCCGCUGUGGUCCCGUCCCGGGCCUGAACUGCCCCGUGGAAAUCGAGCCAUCAGAAGGGUUCUGUAAAGGGAGAGAAAAGUACUGCUUCACGAUGCAUGACGCGUACGAGCCAGUGCCUAUUUUGGAGAAACUUCCUCUCCAGAUUGACUGUCUGGCGGCCUGGGAGGAGUGGUUGCUCGUGGGAACAAAGCCGGGGCAUCUUCUUCUCUACAGGAUUAAGAAGGAUGCAGGCACCAACCGGUUUGAGGUCACGCUGGAAAAAUCCAAUAAGAACUUCUCAAAAAAGAUUCAGCAGCUCUACGUUGUCUCGCAGUAUAAAAUUCUUGUCAGUCUUCUCGAGAACAACAUUCACGUCCACGACCUCCUGACCUUCCAGCAGAUCACUGUGGUGGCCAAAGCCAAAGGCGCCACCCUCUUCACCUGUGACCUGCAGCAAACCAGCACAGGAGAGGAAAGGUUAAGAAUGUGUGUUGCAGUGAAAAAGAAGCUCCAGCUGUAUUACUGGCAGGACAGAGAGUUCCACGAACUGCAGGGGGACUUUAGUGCAUCAGAUAUCCCAAAGUCCAUGGCCUGGUGUGAAAACUCCAUAUGUGUUGGUUUCAAGCGAGACUAUUACCUCAUACGGAUGGACGGCCGGGGCACCAUCAAGGAUCUCUUUCCCACUGGGAAACAGUUGGAGCCUCUGGUUGCCCCACUGGCUGAUGGGAAGGUGGCAGUCGGCCAGGAUGACCUCACUGUGGUGGUAAACGAAGAGGGCGUUUGUACCCAGAAGUGUGCCCUGAACUGGACCGACAUCCCAGUAGCGAUGGAGCACCAGCCUCCGUACAUCAUAGCCGUCCUCCCUCGGUACGUGGAGAUCCGGACGCUGGAGCCCAGGCUGCUGGUGCAGAGCGUGGAGCUGCAGAGGCCUCGCUUCAUCACCUCGGCCGGGCAAAACAUAGUGUACGUCGCCAGCAACCACUUUGUGUGGCGCCUGGUGCCCGUGUCCAUAGCCACUCAGAUCCGGCAGCUUCUUCAGGACAAACAGUUCGAGCUGGCUCUUCAGCUGGCGAUGAAGGACGAUUCAGACGGAGAUAAGAAGCAGCAGAUACAUCACAUCCAGAAUCUCUACGCCUUCAAUCUGUUUUGCCAGAAGAGAUUUGAUGACUCCAUGCAGGUGUUCGCCAAACUGGGCACAGAUCCCACCCAUGUGAUCGGGCUGUACCCAGACCUGCUCCCCUCGGACUACCGCAAACAGCUGCACUACCCGAACCCGCUGCCUACUCUGUCUGUGGCGGAGCUGGAGAAGGCUCAUGUCGCUCUCAUCGAUUAUCUCACACAGAAGCGUAGCCACCUCGUGAAGCAGCUGAACGACUCCGACCCGUCUACAACGUCUCCGCUGAUGGAGGGCACGCCGACGAUUAAGAGCCGCAAAAAACUCCUGCAGAUCAUCGACACGACGCUGCUGAAAUGCUACCUGCACACCAACGUGGCCAUGGUGUCCCCCCUCCUUCGUCUGGAGAACAACCACUGCCACAUCGAGGAGAGCGAGUACGUCCUGAAGAAGGCCCACAAGUACAGCGAGCUCAUCAUCCUCUACGAGAAGAAGGGCCUCCACCAGAAAGCUCUGCAGGUGCUGCUGGACCAGUCCACCAAGGCCAACUCGCCGCUGAAGGGCCACGAGCGGACGGUGCAGUACCUCCAGCGGCUCGGAGGGGAGAAUUUGGGAAUCAUCUUUGAGUUUUCUCCUUGGGUGUUGAAGAUCUGUCCCGAGGACGGCCUCAAGAUCUUCACAGAGGACCUGACCGAGGUGGAGACUUUGCCCAGAGACAAGGUGCUGAACUUCCUGAAGGAGGGCUUCAAGGAGCUCGCCGUCCCGUAUUUGGAGCACAUUGUGUACGUGUGGGACGACAAGGGGCCGGAGUUUCACAAUGUGCUGAUUCAGCUCUACCUGGAGAGGGUCCAAGGCCUCAUGAAGCAGUACCUCAACUCGCUGCCAGAAGGAGUUCCAGCCGUUGCUGCGGGGAAAGAGGAAGGUGACCUGGGAGAGUUCAGGAACAAGCUGCUGUCUUUCCUGGAUAUUUCUACCAGCUACGAACCCGCCAGACUCAUCAGCGACUUCCCCUUCGACGGCCUGCUGGAGGAACGGGCUCUGCUCCUGGGUCGGAUGGGCAAACACGAGCAGGCGCUCUUCAUCUACGUGCACAUCCUGAAGGACACCGGCAUGGCCGAGGAGUACUGCCACAGCCACUACAGCAGCGCCGUCGAAGGGAACAAAGACGUUUACCUGUCCCUGCUGCGGAUGUACCUGUCCCCUCCUGGCGUGCACUGCCUGGGGCCCAUCAAGAUGGAGCUGUUGGAGCCUCAGGCCAACCUGCCGGCGGCCCUCCACGUCCUGGAGCUGCACCACAGCAAGCUCGACACCAGCAAGGCCAUCAAUCUGCUCCCAGCAAACACUCAGAUCCGAGAGAUUCGUGUCUUCCUGGAGAGCGUGCUGGAGGAGAAGGCCCAGAGGAAACGCUGCAACCAGGUGCUGAAGAGUCUGCUGCAGGCCGAGUUCCUCCGAGUGCAGGAGGAGCGGAUCUUCCACCAGCAGGUGAAGUGCGUCAUCACAGAGGAGAAGACCUGCCGCGUCUGCAGGAAGAAGAUUGGAACCAGCGCGUUCGCCCGGUACCCCAACGGCGUGGUGGUGCACUACUUCUGCUGCAAGGACCGCAAUGCGUGUCCCACUGAGCAGUGAACACCCCCCCUCCCCUCUGCUGGAUGGUGACUGUUGGCUCAUCAAUGACCCCCCCUCCCCCUCCCCCCACCUCCUCCCCUUCACCCUCCUCUGCGGAUUUCAAUGCUGGGACAUGCUUUGAACUUGAAGUGCAUCAUUCGGGUGGAGGUGAUGGAGCUGUGCCCCUCACAGGAGUUUUCUUUUUUCUUAAACCUGAGCUGAAUCUCCCCCCUCACCCCCCCCCCCGCCCCACCUCGGAGCGCCACGCAGCGAGCCCGCCGGGCCGGAAUCAAGGGCCCGGACUUCCCUUCUGUCGGCGCAGCAUGAAGUAGCAGCGGGACUGUACCGCCUACCGCUCCACAGGGGGGAGAACAAAGAGACUGUGAGGGAGGGAGUCUUGACAUUUAAAAAGCAUGCAUCAGUGAAACGUGAGAAGGGAGGGGCGGGGGGAGAAGAAGAAGAAGAAUUGGGGGGGGGCGGCGGCGUUCUCACGGCGAGACGAGGCCUCGGUUUCACGUUUAAAUCUCGGCGCGUUGUCCCUCCUGCAGGUGAGCAGAGGAAGCCUCGUGUGACUGAAGAUUGGCUGGUGCUGAUGGAGCAGAAACGCAUUCGUCUUAAAGUGUAUUUGACAUUUAUGUAUUUUUAUUUAAAGAUUUGAAGCGACUAACAUUAUUCAUAGAGACUUUGUUUUCAUUAUUUUGUGUCUUUACAGUGCGUGAAGGACAUUAUUCUUUUAAAUUACUCAUUGUAUUUGUUUUGGGUUUCUUUCACAGACAUUAAAGGUUUUUGAAGUAGAACUUGAAGUGAAACUAUGUAGCCUUUGAGCCGAGGGGGGCCCACGUGGUACUUACACAAUAAUCACACUGAAUGUCACCACAUACUCAAUUAUUCAAUCUAGGGGGGAUUAAUGUGCAACUGUCCGAUAAACGAUUAUCGCUCUCAGCCAUGUGUCAUGGAAAACUGCUCCGACCCCCCCCCCCCCCCCCCCGGUUCCAUCUUUAGACUUUUGCUCAGAUCAAAUGAGAAAAUUGAAGACUGUGAGGCUGCACGAAUGGCAUUUUACCAAACAUGUUCCAGAUAAUCCCCUAAAUGAAGUCCACAAAGCGGGGGGGGGGGGGGCGAUGUGUUACAGGAGCUGCUAGCGUUAGCAACCUGCAGCUACACGCUAAUGCCCACGAUCUGUGUUACCUCUUCUUUUAAAAGUUAUACAGUGCCUCUUAAAAGCGGAUCUCAAAGUAAAGUACAGCACUUUAGUGGAUGGAUGACUGGUUAGUUGUUGUUGUUGUUGUUGUUGUUUUUCCACGGGACGAGAACUGGAAGUGACUCUGAGAGCGUGAUUGACAGCUGCGUUUUAACGGCAAUAUUAUUGUAAGAAGAUGCGUCUGUGGGAGGUAAUUCAAGAAGCACGACCUCGCUCUUCACUCUAAAGGAAAUGUGCAAGCGAUGGAUGCUGUGAGCAUCGACUCACACUUCCUCUGAAGUGCAGCGUCUGCUUCUUGAAGCCCCCCCCCUCCCGACCCCCCCAUCUUCUGCUUCUUUAAAGCUUUGCACACAUUCUCUGCUAAGACUGUUUCUGAGUCUCUGGUUUAAGGUGGGAGCAUGUUUCUCACUGUGUGUCUGUCUGUCCGUCGAGCUUUAAUCAUUGUUAAUAAUAAAACGCGUUUCCACUGGUGUGUGUGUGUGUGAUCCAAGAUUUACAUUUGAGUUAAAAAUGUAUUUUGGAUUUAAUGAAAUUAAUCAAUUCAAUUAAAUUAAAUUAUUUAUAUAGACUUGUAAUUCAUUUAAAUUUAAACCAUUGAUAAGAAA